CCCAAUUCACUCCUCGGAUAGUUUUCUUUUUGUUUUUCUAAAAAUGAAGAACUCAAACUCUUCAAUACUUUCAAGAUUACUUGUUCAAAUGGAAAUAUUAAAACAACAAAAGAAGAAGAAGAAAUGGAUUUUCAUAUCGCUUUUCAUCUUAUUACCAUCAUCACUACUUAUUUUAACUUCAGUCUUAGCUAAUAACAAUCUCAAUCUCAGACCAAGAAAUAACAUUUCUCCACCUACAGAAAAACCCAGUUUUGUAGAAUCAAAGCUAUCAAUACUACCAACAUCAACAAAACCAGUACCAAGAUUAGCUUAUUUGAUCUCUGGGUCAAGUGGAGAUGGAGAAAGUAUGAAGAGAGUUGUGAAAGCGUUAUAUCAUCCAUUAAAUCAGUAUGUGUUACAUUUAGACCUUGAAGCUUCAUUGAGUGAGAGAUUGAGUUUAGUUAAAUUUGUUGAAGAUGAAGAUGUUUUUAGUGAGAUUGGUAAUGUUGAAGUUGUUGUUAGAGCUAAUUUGAUUACUUAUAGAGGACCUACUAUGGUUAGUAAUACACUUCAUGCUGCUGCUAUUUUGAUGAAGAAAGAUGUGGAAUGGGAUUGGUUUAUUAAUCUCAGUGCUUCUGAUUAUCCUUUGGUUACACAGGACGAUCUUGUUCAUACCCUUGCAGCUAUGCCAAGAAACCUUAACUUUCUCGAGCAUACGAGUGACAUUGGAUGGAAAGAGGCACAGAGAGCCCGGCCAGUGAUUAUAGAUCCAGGUUUAUAUAGCUUACGGAAGUCGGAUGUGUUUUGGGUAUCAGAAAAAAGAAGUCUACCUACAGCAUUUAAGUUGUUCACAGGUUCUGCUUGGAUUAUGCUAUCUCGUCCGUUCAUGGAGUAUUGUCUAUGGGGAUGGGACAAUCUCCCAAGAACAAUCCUGAUGUACUACGCCAACUUCCUCUCGUCACCUGAAGGUUACUUCCACACUGUGAUAUGCAACACUGAAGAAUUCAGAAACACCACAGUAAACCAUGAUCUGCAUUUCAUAUCUUGGGACAACCCUCCCAAACAGCAUCCGCAUUUCCUAACCAUGGAUGAUUACCAGAGGAUGAUCAGCAGCAAUGCUCCUUUUGCCAGAAAAUUUGGUCACAAUGAGCCAGUUCUUGACAAGAUUGACUCAGAAAUCUUGGGCCGUGCUCCUGAUGGUUUCGUUCCUGGAGGUUGGUUUAACAACAAAGAUAAUAAUACAAACACAAGUACUCCACAUUAUGAUGUUUCAGAUGCGACAAAACUCAAACCUGGACCAGGCGCUAAAAGACUCCAACGGCUCAUCUUGGGUUUGUUGUCAGCUGAAGAUUUUCAUAAGAAGCAGUGUACUUAAACAGUUGGCAUAGGCAAUAAAGGUUUCCUUAAUAUACCACGGCGAAGUGGCGUAAGCUAACAAUGAUAAAUAUCCUAUCUUUAAUUGUUUUAACAAUAAGGGAAAGACAUGUAUAUUACACUGUUUAAAAUACGAGCUAAAGCUAUCUCA